GAGGAGGCGCGAGGCACCAAGUUUCGAGCGUGGUAAACGUUUUCAAGACUGCGCAUGCGCCUUUCUCUGAAAUAUUCGAAAACAAUAGCGCGAAAACGCAUGUCGAUGGAUGAUAAACUCACGAUUAGUUUAAGGGGUUUGUAAACUACUAUAUGUAUCAUUUAGUGCUUUAAAGUUCUUUAGUAUUGUCCUAUGCUGUUGCAUCAAUAGUUUAACUUCGUUAACGUUAGCUUAGCUAAACGUGAUAUCACUGCGUUAGCUUGAAUACAUUUUUAGCCGUCAUGAAGGCUGUACGAGCAUCUAAUCGAGCCCCAUCCAAAGGACCCAACUCGAAAGACAAAGCAACUGAAGUGGCACAGAGUAGGGACCAGGGACACAAUGACAAAAUCACCCACCCUAAAGCAGCAAAAAGGAGGACAGAAGGAGGGACAUCCACAGCCUCUAAAAAGAGGAAAAUUCAAGAAAACUGGAGUCUGAUGCCGAGGUCCUCCAUCAUUGCUCUUGAGAAUAUACUGGACCUAUCAGUACUAGCUGCGCUUGCUGUGAGGCGGACAGAGAAGAAAGAAAGCCAGGAACAUCUGAACACAAUAAAAAAGAGGUUUUUAGCUCAGUGUGCAGAGCUUAAAGUUCCAUCCCAGAAACAGAGUAGUCUGCAGCUGUCAUCUCAGCGGCUCCAGGAGGAGACCAAGAAGGCAGCUGCUGGGAAGCAAACUCUGCGCUCCCUGGAGGAGGACUUAAAGGCUGUUGUUAGUGCACUGGAGCGGACAGAGGAGAAGAUCGUGGCUUUGCAGCACUCAUGCAAUAUGAUGAGAGGCGAGUUGGAGGAGGAGGAGGAGAAGGCCAAAAAGAUUUUUGAAAUGAUGGAUCAAAGUGUCCUCGGGCUUCCCGCUCUCCCUUCACAGAAAGGCGAAUCAACCAUAGAGUCUCGUUUAAGAGCGAUCAUUCCCGACAGGGACCACAACUCCAUUGCCCAGAGAUUGGGGGAAAUUCUGCAGAAUCCAGAAAGCACCCAGGAUGACCAGUUACUGCUUCUACGGGCACAGAAACAAGCUGAUCAGCUCUUCAACCCACUCAGCAGUGGGGCCUCGAGUUAGAGGGUGUUAAACCAAAUGGUAAAACCGAAUCUGUCAUUAAUGUCAAAUAUAAUUAUUUUUCUCUUUUCUUAAUUGAAUUGAAAAGUAUGUUAACCUUAAAGUUCUUAUCACAAUAAUAAUGUAUUUGAACAAACUGCUACUGUGCAUACAAAUAAAGAUCAGUUGGUAGUUGAUUUGGC